AUGUCAACCUGGAACAUUGUUGCCUCCAUUGUUUUGGCACACACUGCGCUUGCAAAUGCAGUCUGCAAGAAUCACCCACUAGACUCCAACUGGCCAAGUCUACUUGAUUGGCAUGCUCUAAAUCAAUCCACAAACGGAGCACUGAUCAAAACGAACCCUGUAGCAUCGUCUUGCUACGAUGAAGGCUCUGGCUCCUCGCGGAUCAGUUGCCAGACAGUACAAGAUAACUGGCACUACUCGACAUUCCACGCAUCCCAGCCGGAGUCGAUAGGUUACCCGUACUGGGCGAACAACUCCUGCGUACCACCCAACGAUUACGCAUAUGAAAGUGGUCAAGUGUGCAAAAUUGGAGGCCUCCCUGCCUACGUUCUUAAUGCUACGACUGCACAGCAAGUUGCUACAGCUACAAAAUGGGCAAGUUUGCGCAACAUCCGGAUAGUAAUCAAAGGCACUGGUCACGAUCUGAACGGCAGAUCUAGUGGAGCGCACUCACUUUCGAUCUGGACUCAUCACUUUCAGAGGCUCGAUUUCAACACCAAUUGGUCGCACCCUCUAGGAAAUAGAACUGAGAAUGCCAUCAUAGCUGGAAGCGGAAACAAUUGGGGCAAGAUCCUUCAGGCCGCAGCAGCUGUUGGGAGGACAGUUGUGAGCGGCCAAGAUCCAACAGUCGGUCUCGGAGGGUUCAUCGGUGGAGGUGGCCACGGCCCACUUUCAAGCCGGUACGGCUUGGCGGCUGAUCAGAUCCUUGAGGCUACUGUUGUUACAACAGGCGGUGACAUCGUAGUAGCCAACGAUGCUCAAAACCAGGAUCUUCUUUGGGCCAUCCGGGGUGGCGGACCAGGACUGUAUGGCGUUGUCGUAGAAUACGUAAUGCGCACGUUCCCACUGCCAAGGUCUGUGACCGUGAGUAACAUCACUAUCUCUAUGGUCGAUAACAGUACAGAAGAUGUAGCCGAAGCAUCUUGGAAGGCUCUAGCAACGCUGUCCAGAUCGCUUCCAGAUCUCAUGGAUGCUGGCAUUACGGGCAACGGGAAUGCAAUCACUAGAGACGUCGCCAUGAAGCAUCCUCCGUUCACACAGAGAGGCAUUGAGCUUUCCAUGACAUUGUUCGGAUACGAUAUGACGGCCGCGAAACUUAAAUCCCUCCUCCAGCCUAUGCAGGCCCGAAUCGUCGAGCAGUCUGGAAAUCGAUCGCUCCAUAUCAACACAACAGAACCCGCAACACUACCUUCGUACCUUGCGCUAAUAGACUAUCUGAACCCGAGCGCCAGCCAUGCUGGAGAUAUCAGCCUUAUAUCUAGCCGCCUGCUCGGUCGUUCUGAGCUGACAGAAAUACCAUUAGAGACUUUGAAGGACCACCUCCGGAACAUCACCAAAACUCAGGUUGCGACAGAUCAAUGCAGGCUUGUAUAUGGACUACAAGGAGGACCAGGUCCAAGACGAGUCGACAAGGAUAUGCGUGGCGCUCUUACCCCAGCCUGGCGGAAAGCCUACAUCCAUCUUCUGGGCACCGGAGCAAUUGUUAAUACAACAGGCUUCACACCUCAUGCAGCGCUUUCUGCAGCGGCAACGUGGACGGAGGAGAAUAAGGAAUCGUUGUGGCGCAAAUGGGCGCCUGAUUCGGGCUCGUACAUCAAUGAGGCCAAUCCGUUCAACAGCAACUUCAAAGUCGACUUCUAUGGUGGUAAUUACGAGCGUCUACUCGAGAUAAAGAAGAGGUACGAUCCCACCGAUAGUCUUUUUGUACAGGCAGGCGUUGGUAGCCACUCAUGGAGUUACGACCUUGACAGCGGAACGCUCUGCCAGGUCUAA